GCUCAGCACUGCAAAUUUAAGCUCCAGCUCUGUAAUUGGGGGCUUGGCUGAUAGCUUUGACGGAGCCUCUGCUGAUACUCGGGGUGAUGUGGAUUCCCUGACAGGGCCGAAGAGCAGAAAUCCUACCCAGUCUGAAGGAAACGCACCCGGCACAAGGAAAACUGCAGACAAAAUGCUUAGUGGAGCGGCGCAGAGCAUCAUGAAGCACCUCAAGACCCCACAUCCCUGACCCACCCAUCGCUGCAGGGAGCACCCUCUGGAAACCACACAGCAAAAAGGGAAAAUGAGGCUUUUCCGGCGACGCUACAGCCCCUUGAAGGUGGCAUUGGUGGGUGCCGUCUUCGUCAUCUUCAUCUUCAUCCUGCAGAAGGAUGUGGGGAAGAAGGAACCGGGCGAGGAGCCCUGGUUGAAGAACAUCGUCCAAGGGAGGGACCAGGUCCUUGACCUGAUGCUGGGGGCGGUCAACAACAUCCGAGAUUCGAUGCCAAAGCUGCAGAUCGGCGCUCCGGUUCAGCAGGAGGAACCGCUGCCCAGAGCUCGCUCCUGCCUGCCGGGCGUCUACACCGCGGCAGAGCUUCGGCCACUGAUGGAGAGACCCCCCCAAGACCCUGGCAGCCCCGGUGCCGAUGGCAAAGCCUUCAAGAAGGAUCAGUGGACUCCAGAGGAGACGAAGGAGAAGGAGCAAGGUUACGAGAAGCAUUGCUUCAACGCCUUCGCCAGCGACCGCAUCUCCCUCCAGCGAGCUUUGGGACCUGACAGCCGCCCACCGGAGUGCAUCGACCAGAAAUUCAAGCGAUGUCCCCCCUUGCCCACCACCAGCGUCGUCAUCGUCUUCCAUAACGAAGCUUGGUCAACGCUACUGCGGACCGUGUACAGCGUCCUGCACACCUCCCCGGCCCUCCUGCUCAAGGAGAUCAUCUUGGUGGACGAUGCCAGCACGGAUGAAUACCUGAAGGAUGAGCUGGAUCGCUACGUGCAGCAGCUCCAGAUCGUACGAGUCGUGCGGCAGAAGGAGAGGAAAGGGCUGAUCACGGCUCGGCUGCUGGGGGCCAGCGUGGCCAGCAGUGAGGUCCUCACCUUCCUGGAUGCCCACUGUGAAUGUUUUCAUGGUUGGCUGGAGCCCCUCUUAUCCCGCAUCGCUGAAGAGCCCACAGCUGUGGUAAGCCCUGACAUCACCACCAUCGAUCUCAACACCUUUGAGUUCUCCAAGCCUGUCCAAAAUGGCAAACAGCACAGCCGGGGCAACUUUGACUGGAGCCUGACCUUCGGCUGGGAGAUUAUCCCACCCCGGGAGAGGCAGAGGAGGAAGGAUGAGACCUACCCCAUCAAGUCCCCAACCUUUGCCGGUGGCCUCUUUGCCAUCUCCAGGUCCUACUUCGAGCACAUUGGCUCCUACGACGAUCAGAUGGAGAUCUGGGGAGGCGAGAACGUGGAAAUGUCCUUCAGGGUCUGGCAGUGUGGAGGUCAAGUGGAGAUCAUUCCUUGCUCCGUCGUGGGUCACGUCUUCCGCUCCAAGAGCCCCCACACCUUCCCCAAGGGCACCCAGGUCAUCUCCAGGAACCAAGUCCGCCUGGCUGAGGUCUGGAUGGACGACUACAAGGAGAUCUUCUACAGGAGGAACCAGCAAGCUGCUCAGAUGGCCAGAGAGAAGACGUAUGGUGACAUUACAGACCGGCGCAAGCUGAGAGAGCAGCUCCACUGCAAGAACUUCACCUGGUACCUCCAGACUGUCUACCCAGAGAUGUUCGUCCCUGACCUGACUCCGACUUUUUACGGAGCGAUUAAAAAUGAGGGCACCAAGAGCUGCCUGGACGUGGGCGAGAACAACCAUGGUGGGAAACCUCUCAUCAUGUACCCCUGCCAUGGCAUGGGGGGCAACCAGUAUUUUGAGUACACGAGCCAGCAGGAGCUGCGGCACAACAUCGGGAAGGAGCUUUGCCUGCGGGCGGGAUCAGAGUCGGCUGAGCUGGGAGAGUGCCAGUAUCGAGGGAAACCCAGCCGGGUGCCCGACAGCGAGGAGUGGGACCUGACACCGGACCAGCUGAUUAAAAACCGAGCCUCCGGAACGUGCUUGACGGCACGAGGGAAGCACCCAACGAUGGUUCCCUGCAACCCAGCCGACCCCCACCAGCUCUGGUCCUUCACCUAGGCUGAGAGUGGAGCGGCGCCCGCCCCGGCCAUCCCAACCGCGCUCAGGAAACCAGAAUCCAAGGAAACUUCUUUUUUUAUUUAAGAAACAAAAGCCUUAAAUAUGCUGCAAUUCACAGUUGCCUUGAACUCAGUCCUGUGCCUUUGGAGCCUGGGGAGCCAAGCGUGGCUGGUGGUACCCAUGGAGCCCAAAAUCCAGUGCUCAUAGCGAUGCCAAAGGAUGCUCCUCGGUACCGGCUGCUGCUCGUUCUUCCCAUCCCCAGCUCAGCCAGAUUCCUUAGGAAUUCUUCGGUUCCUAACAGGCAAUGGGAAACGCAGCCAGGCUGCUCCACGUUGGGAAAACAGGGUGGGAAACUCCUGCCAGUGAGGAGGACAGUGACCACCAUGCGGCUCACCACGCAUGAGCGUGGAUCAUGAUUUAUCGUGACCCUUUCUGGUGAGGGAAUCCAACUGGCGCUGCCAGGACUCAGCCCUCUCCCAUUCCAAGCACCACGCGGCACUGCGGCCGAGAGGGAGAGAAAUCAGACCGUUGGCUUUAGGAAUACGACUGAUUGAGGAGAGUUCGGUCAAUUUUUGAAUUAUUAUUAUUAUUAUUGUUAUUAUAUUAUAAUGAUUCCUGGGUGUGAUUCCUCCUCAUGCUGACCUGGAGGGGGUUCCAGCUGGAACGCACCGCAGCAUCCUCCUGGAAAGGUGUCCUAGAUCUCCUCCCUCCCCUGAUUUUCCUCGAACCCGACUGCUGUAGCUGCCCCUUUCCUUGCCAUUUCAUUUAUUGUGAGGCGGGGGG